AUGGCCUUGGUCUUCGCGGCAAUGGUUGUCCUGCAGACUGUGUGCCCUGGCGCGGACGGAUUCUAUCAUCGAAACAUCAAGUCCAAGAUUGACUUCAUCAACAACAACCUCGGCGUCGCAUUUCCAGUACCCAUUGUCACCAUCAGCCGACAGGAUCUUCUCGGAGGCGCAGGCAUCGGACGAGUCAUCACCAACUUCGCCACCACGAAUGUGAUCUUCUGGACUCUGGCAUUCCUCCUCUCUUGGGCGGUCUUGACGGGCAUCGCGAGAGCGCCAUCCCCCAAGACCUGGGUUUCCAAGAAGACCGAGGUCGAUGUCGAGCAGCCCUGGCGCAUCGACACCCCCACACCACGCCUCGAGCUCCCUCCGCAGACCAACAGCCGCAGACCGUCGGAGAGCACAACGCUGAACGGCACCACGAUGACCGGAUACCACACCGAUAAGGAAGCGGGCUUGGCGCCGGACUCGAGGACCGUCUCCGCCUACUUCACCGACAGCGAAUGCCCCACCCCGAUCCCUCCGCCCCUCGACGGCGUCGACGAGCCGCAGAGAAGAUUCUCCGAGAGCACUCAGACCUCGACUCGACAACCUCCUGAAUGGAUCGCAUGGACCAGGGAGUGCUAUCCCAUCAUCCUAGCCAUCUUCUUUCUCGUGGCUAUGGGUAUCCCCAUCUCACGAUCGACUGGCGACGACCGCAUCCUGGACGGCUGCAUGCUCUGGCUCACCUGGAUAUCCAGCACCAGAGCCCAGCGCACCUUCGGACGCGGCCAUCUCCUCGCCGCCUCUCCAGGCAUCAAAACCACGGCCACGACACUGCUCAACCCCGUUCUCCUCACAACCCUCGCCAUGACAGCAUACACCCGCGCCAAGGCCGCCGCAACGCACACACCUGCCGACACCGUCCUCGCUGCGUUCAGUGGCGGCACGCCCCUUUCCGACCUCUGGACCGCCAAGACGACCGGGUGGUCCCUCCGGCCCGAUCAACGCGACUGGUUCGGCGCCGGCGAUGCCGCCCUCUCGAUCCUCGAAUGCGGCAUCGUCGUCUGGGGUUUCAAGCUGUACGAGUGCCGGUGGCAGAUAUGGUCCCGCGCGGGUUUCGCAGUUGUGCUCAUGUCGGCCGGCGUGGCAGGCUUGAACGUGUUCGUGUGCGUGUUGUUGGGUAGGGCGGUAGGCCUCAACGGCCCCGAGGCGUUUGCAUUCGCGGCGAGGAGCACAACGCUUGCGCUCGCCAGGCCCGCGAUGGAGGUUCUCGAGGGGAACCAGGUCGUGAACGCGGCCUUGGUGGUCAGCAACGGUAUCCUCGGACAGCUCAUGUACCCCUUUCUUUUGCGAAGACUUGGAUUGGAGGGCCAGGAGAAGGACGAGGGCAGAGAGGAAGCGAAGGACAGCGCGCUUACCAUUGCCGCGGGGACGGCGAUUGGCAUUAACGGAGCGGCUAUGGGGGUCUCGUAUCUCUAUGAGAGGAAGAACAGGGCUGCACCUUACGCCGCGCUCUCCAUGACAGUCUUUGGCAUAAUGACUGUCGUUUUCACCGCUGUUGACCCCUUCACGGGCAUCCUGCUUCGCCUGGCUAGCUAG